GCUGACCGUCCGUCCCACAGAAACUCGCAAGAACCAAGGGCAAAAACAGGAAAAAAUAACUUCGGUCCCCACAUCGCCGCCCACCGCCUGCCUAACGCACCGUGUCGACCGCUCCACCACACGUAGGAGGAAGGGAGCCGGAGAAGCCCAGCCAGCCUCCUCGCCGCCAGCGAGCUGCCGUGCAAUGCCGCAAUAGGAAUCACGAAUGUCCCGAAGGUGCCAACCUCCGUCUGCGUCGCGGUAUAAUCCAAUCGAAUCCAUCCGUUUGUGGGACUUGGGAAUUCCAUUCAUCUUCAGAUCAGGUAGAAUUUGUCAGGCUGGUGAGUGAUUCACUUGAGCUCGUGUUGGAAGAGGCAAUUGUCUAGUGACAAAGUCACCACUGCGUCGUCCCAGGUUCAUUUGCUCGGUUCUGAUGAGAGUGGUGGGUUGCAGACUGGUUUCAUUCCACUCCUCUGUGUUCCGAUUUCCGAAGCCUGAUGGAGAGAAGGACUCUGUCUUCUCUAACAUUCCUCUCUGAAGUCUGAACCAGUCUGUAGAUAGACCAUCAUAAAGAUUCAGGCUUUGUGCUUAUAUAAUGGAAGAGAGGAGUGUUUUGACCCAGCGUUAUGAAAUCGGGAGGCAAUUAGGACAAGGCACCUUUGCAAAGGUAUACUAUGCUCGCAAUCUAGCAAAUGGUCAGUCUGUUGCCAUAAAAAUACUCGAUAAGGACAAGAUCUUGAAGGUUGGUCUGGUGGAUCAGAUAAAGAGGGAGAUCUCGAUAAUGAGAAUUGUAAGGCAUCCGAAUGUUCUGCAGCUUUUUGAGGUAAUGGCUACCAGGAGCAAGAUUUACUUCGUUCUGGAGUACGCUAAAGGCGGUGAGCUUUUCAACAAAUUAGCCAAGGGGAAGCUUAGUGAGGAGGGGGCAAGGACAUAUUUUCACCAGUUGAUCUCUGCUAUAGAUUAUUGCCACAGUAGAGGUGUUUACCAUCGUGACUUGAAGCCUGAAAAUCUACUAGUGGAUGAGUAUGGGACCCUUAGGGUCUCUGAUUUUGGUUUAAGUGCGCUAACCAAGUCAAAGUGGCGAGAUGGUCUGCUCCACACCGCAUGUGGAACUCCGGCUUAUGUUGCUCCGGAAGUGCUCAGCAGGAAAGGCUACAAUGGUGCAAAGGCAGAUGUAUGGUCUUGUGGAGUGAUUCUGUUUGUUCUUGUUGCCGGUUAUCUUCCUUUCCAUGAAAGAAACCUUAUGGAGUUGUAUAGAAAGAUUGCUAAGGCUGAGUACAGAUGCCCUCGUUAUUUUUCCACUGACCUGAAGGAGCUCCUUAGUGGGAUCCUUGAUCCAGAUCCUAAUACUAGAAUGUCCAUCGCAAGGAUAAAGAGAAGUCCUUGGUAUAGGAAGCCGGUUGAGAGAACACCACUGAGAAAAGACAAGACUUAUGCGAGCGAAGCUGCUGCGUCUGGCCUUCCAUGUCGCAAGAGUUCCGAUGGACCGGCGAGCAUGAAUGCAUUUAAUAUCAUUUCCCUCACUCCUGGGUUCGAUCUAUCUGGUUUGUUCGAUGAAAGAUAUAGCCAAAGGGAGGCACGAUUUGCUUCCAAUGAGCCGCCAGCAGCUGUAUUUGUGAAGCUGGAGGAACUUGCCCAACGCAUGAAGCUUAAAGUUACAAAGAAAGACAAUGGAGCGAUGAAAUUGGCCGCGCCGAGGGAAGGAAAGAAGGGUACUCUUGAGUUUGAAGCAGAAAUCUAUGAGCUCGCGUCGUCUUUUCUCUUAGUCGAGUUGAAGAAGACCAAUGGUGACACUAUGGAGUACCAGAAACUGUUGAAAGAAGACAUUAGGCCGUCACUCAAGGACAUUGUUUGGUCAUGGCAUGGCGAUGUUCAGCAGCAGGCACAGCUACCUCAGGAUCCACAGUGGCCACCACCGCAGCAGGCACAGCAACCUCAGGAUCGACAGUGGCCGCCGCCGCUCCCACCACAGCGGUUAGAACAUUUAGCUGCAAAUGCCCCACCGCCACAAUAAUCUAACUGAAAUCACUAUCGAACACACACAUAUUUCAUGGUGAGACCCAGAACCAUAUUUGCCUAUUAGAUUAGUAAAUGUGCUUGCAGUUCUCACGUAGAUGUCUACCAUUGUUGGAAAUGAAGGCUCGGCUUUUCCCCAUUUCUGUAAAAUUGUUUUUGAAUAUACAGAAAUGGUGCCUCUUCAGAUUGUUAUCGCUGCAGAAAACAGUGAUUUGUAAUUUUGGGGUAUAAUGACGGUUGCAUUUAAGUUCUGUAGGAUUCUCCUAUUGGGUUGUUUUAUUAUUUGAGAAAUACAUCUCCUUCUGAUAAUAUAUGACUGUUGCGAUUUGUGAACUGAUACUUAAGAAACUAUCAGCGUUUGUUAGCAUGCUCUGUGGCAACCAGGAGGAAACAGUAAGAUGUUGGCCUUUGACUCAUGCCCUACCAUUUUUCAUGAACCAUUAACCAGCCAAACAAAAUUGGCUAGAGGAAAUAAAAUGGCAAGAAGGCUUGUUGAAAGGGAAGAACCCGAAACAAAAAAGACGAGGAAGAAAACGCUUCCCCCUCCCUUCCCGAGGCGCUCCCGAGGGCGUCCCCAGGAGGAAACCCUAGCGUUGCCUCUCCGCCCCCCUCCCUCGCCGCGCCGGGGGCGUCGCCGGCCUAAGGCCGCGUGGCGUUGGCGGCGGCGGGGCGGCUCCCUCCCGUGCGUAGCUGGUGGCAUCGCCCCCUUUUCUUGGUGGCGUCGGGUCGGCCCUGCUCCGGCCCUCUCCCUCCUACCGGCAUCAUGUGGCUGCCGGCGCCGCCUCCUCCCCUCCCUCCAGCGCGUCUCGGGGCUCCAGUACCUAGGGGUCGACUGGCGGCGGAUCUGGCCUCCUGCUCUGUCCUGGAUGGUGGUGGUUGGCGGGGGCAACGGAUCUGGGCAUCCCUGCCCAAAUCCGGUGGAUGGUGAUGGUAGGCGAUGGCAGGGGUGGCCGGCGGCCCUGAUGUGGUGGUGGUGAUGCUGCUGGUGUUCUCGCUGCUCCGGUGCAAAGUGGCGUUGCUCCGGACGGAUCUAGCCAGGGCGUGGAGGCAUUGGUGCUGUGGUGGUGGCAGAUCAGUUGUGUCGGCGGUUGGCUUCUUCCAGCAUCGGCCCGUUUGUAGGCGCAGCGGUUCAUGUCGGCCUUCGACCCUUUUCCUCGUCGCCUGUGUGCUACUUUCAUCAAAGGGUCGGCCAUCUCCCGGCUGCGGUCCAUCGCUCGUCUCGCAUCUAGUAGCAGGACUGACCUUGCCUCGUGUCUGGUAGCAGGACCGAGCUCGUCUCGCACCCGACAGCAAGACCAUGCUCGUCUCACGCCCGAUGCCGCAGGACGGGUCGAUGGAGGCUAGUUUCAGCCGGCCUACUGGGUCUCGACACCGGGGGGCGCCUAGGGGUGCGAAAAAGGCGGGUCCUUUUCCCUCGUAUCAUAUGCGGCUUCAAUUGUUCGCGAUGGCAUGUUCAAGGCUGUCACCCUGGCCGCUCUUGCAGUGCUAGGGAUGGUGUUGCUGCGCUCAACGCCUAUGUGUGUUGUGGGUGCAUGCGUUUGUACCAGGACAAGAAUUGUAAAGUUUCAUAUGAUGCUACUAUUCAUGUAUUUCAUUCAAAGAAUGGAGAAGAGAAAAAUGUAGAAUUUUUUCCUUUA